AUGCGCAAGCGCUACAUCUGCAGGCAUGGAGGAGAGAAUUGUGAAAUUAACAAAACCGUCCGCUGCAUGUGCCGGUGUUGUCGCUUCAACAAGUGUGUAAAGGUCGGCAUGAUGCGAGACGCCGUCCAAAGCCCGCGAGACCAAAUUGGCAAGCGCACCGAGCAGCAGCACUAUGUGGAAAUUAAACAGGAACACGCCGACUCAACAAGCACCGGCUAUUUCGAUCCGUUUUUCAUGGAGGCACCGAUGAUCGACUCGUUUGCCGAUGUGUUUUUAACCGAAGAGCAAGCAAUUCCGAUCCUAAAGAAAAUCCAGCAAGGCUACAACGAGUUGCGGGCAAAACGGGCUCGAUAUCGAUACGAGGCGCCGAUGGAGGAUCCGUUGAUCAUUGGAAUGGACCCCCACACGCCGCGAAGAAUCACCCACCGCCACGGAUUCCGGAUGCUAGCCCACGAUAAUGAAAAUAUUUGCGAUUUCAUGAGAAACUCAUUCCCGAGGCUUCACGAUUUCGCGCCGGAACAAAGAAAAGUCCUCUACCGAUCCUGUUUUGCCAGCUACAUGCUCUUCGACUCGGCGUAUCGGACCUAUUUACAGGGCGGUGACCAGAACGAUCGUUGGUACAUCUCCGAUGGGAACUUUAUCGACAUGGCCGAUGUCGGGUACUACUACUCGGCGUUUGAGGGUUCUUCAUUAUCACAUACUGAUGCGUCCAACCUCUUCCGGCCGACGUUCCAGAUGUUCGUGCGGAAUAUCUUGCAGCCGAUGCGGCAGUUGAGGAUGACAGAUAUGGAAUUCUUUGCCCUCAUUGCGUUGUGUUUCUACUCGCACGGGGCCGACGGCGGCACGCACGAUACGGAUCAGAAGACGAUGGAAGUACGAGACGCGAUUCUACGCGAGCUGACCCUCUACUACACCCGCUUCGCCUACUUCAAGGACUACCCCCUGCGAAUGGCCCAAGUCAUGCUCAUGCUCCCCUCAAUUCACCGCAUCACCACCCGAUUCCGCGAAGACUUCGAGAUCAACAAGCUGUUCAACACGGAUUUCGGCGACGAGAAAAUCUACGAUCUCAUCAACGGCAAAGAGACUUAC